AGCGCAACCGGCGUAGGGAGAGGAUUGGCUGUCUACCGGUGACGCCCUUGGGACCUCCCAGUCCGAGUCCGAAGCCGGUGGAGGAGGCACUGGCUGUUGCGGCGGGUCUGUUUGAUUAUGGACCAUGUGCUGAUAUGUGUGCUUGAAAUGUUGAAAAUAACAAUUUGUGAAGACUUUGCCAUCUAGAUGCUUAACUGGAUUAAACGCCUAAUUAGGAUGGUUUGCGAACAAGUUGGAAUAAGCAUGGAAUCAGUACUCUGGUCAGGCAAACCAUAUGGUUCAUCUCGAAGUAUUGUAAGGAAGAUCGGUACUAAUUUAUCUCUGAUUCAGUGUCCAAGAGUUCAAUUUCAGCUUACCAGUCAUUUGACAGAAUUGAGCCCUAAUCAACACCAAGAGGAUGCAGUGGCCUCUUUUGCUGAUGUGGGAUGGGUCGCCAAAGAAGAAGGAGAGGUUUCCACAAGGCUGAGAACAGAGAUUAGGUCAAAGCAAGCCCCUCCAGAUGAACUUCAUUUCUUUGAGAAGCCCCUAAACAGACAAGUUUCUUUGCCAAACCUCGCCCAGGAAGAUCCAGAACCCAAAGUGACAGUUUUAGCCAAUGACGAAGCGUUGCAGAAGAUCAGUGCACUUGAACAUGAACUGGCUACUCUCCGAGCACAGAUUGCCAAAAUCGUGACUUUGCAAGAACAGCAGGGUCUUACUCCAGGUGUCUUAAGUCCCACCACACCUACAGUUGCCCCAGCACCACCUGCUGCUGCUCCACCACCACCACUACCUCCACCGCCACCGCCACCGCCACCUCCUCUUCCUUCACCAGGACUACACCAAAGUAUAUCUGCUAUUGAUCUGAUUAAAGAGAGAAGAGAGAAGAAAACUAGUGCUGGAAAGAUAUGGACAGAAAAUAACCCAAAGAAAAUUGAUGUGCCAAAUAUGCUAGAAAUUCUGAAAGACAUGAAUAGUGUAAAACUUCGGUCUGUGAAAAGAUCAGAGCACGACUUAAAACCAAAACCCGUGGAUCCUGCUGACCCUGCAACCCUGAUUGCAGAAGCUUUGAAAAAAAAAUUUGCUUAUCGGUACCGAAAUGAUGGCCAAACUGAAACUGAAAAAUCCAUUCCAACAUCUGAAUCAAAGACCACCUCAGAAACAAUGUUGUUUGGGCCACACAUGUUGAAGUCUACAGGAAAAAUGAAGUCUUUAAUUGAAAAUGUUUCACAUUCCUAAGUAGACACUAAGUAGAAGGCAAAGACUAUUUUGCUGAACUGUUGUUUAGUUAGGGUUAAGUAAAGCUGGUAGAAAUCAACAUUAUUUAGUAAAUCCUUGAUUUUUAUGUUCAGUGGCUACCUGUGAAACCAAAAAGUAAAUUAAACCAUGAAAAAAAAACACAACACUAUUUUUUAUUUCUGAAAGAUGAUCUUUUCUGGAGUCACUCAUGGAAUGUAUGGAUUCUGACAAGUUUUAAUGUAUCCAAGUUGCUUCGAUUUAAAUUGUCCAUUCUUUAAAAAAUGUUUAGAUUUCAGAACAUUUGUGGAUAUUACUCUGAGGUUUUUAAUUCCUAAACACUAAUUUAUCUGUACAAAUGUUUUAUUUGCAUGUAUUUGACAGAUUUAAAACAGUUUGUGAUGAUGGUAAUGAAGUACUGUUAAGUUAUCUUCAUAUUAAAUAUUAAUUUUGUCUGCAAUGAUGGAACAGCUGGUAUAACAUAAGUUGUUGCAGUGAAACAUUUAAUUUGAGAUUUGAAUCUUCUUGCCUGAAACAGAUCUCAAGGUUUACUUAAAACUCUAAUUUCUCUCUCAUACUUGUUGGGAGUUAGAGGUCAAAAAGUUGCAAGAAGACAACUUACUGCUGAAAUGUGUCAAAACUUCGUUUUUGAAGUUGAAGAGGAUGACCUUGAAGGCUUCUUUCAUCUUGUGCCACCCAGUACCAAGUGAAAAAAAUGCAAGAGGAAAGGGAGAAAUGGAGUUAGUUUAUGACUGAGAAUCCUUUUGUUUGGAAAGACCAAAUGUAUCACUGUGUUUUUUCCCCUUUUGAUGGUUCAUUGUUUGUUCAGUAGAUAAUUCUAAAAUAUCAACACAGUGAAGGAUUUCAAAAAAUGUAAUCCUUGUAAAAAUAUGAUGUUUGAGUGUUUCAGAAAGUGUUUGAUUGUUAGUGAACUUAAUAGAUGAGAGUAAGGAGUUGUGGAUCUAGCAGUAAGAAGAAGUAACUUCCUAUUGGUAUAUAUUUGGUCACUGUGCUGUUUCCUAGAACAGUGUCAAAAAGCAGAAAUCCCAGAUAUUAAUAUUAAACACUUUCUGCUAUUUUAAGAUACAUUUCCUACUUACAGCCCUUGAUUACAUUUUUAAUAGCACCAACAGUGCUAUGCGUCUCCACCUGACAAAUUCAGCUAGAGUCAGUGCCUGAAAAUCUUUAACCAUGAUAUUUUUUUACUCAUUGAAUUUAAAAUUCUUAUCUCCUCGGGAAAAUCCUUCACUUCUUUGGAAGUGGGGGGAGUUUUCACUUUUAAGUUAUUUAAAAAUAUGUGCAACGGCCUCCUAAAUAUUAAAGUUUAAUUAACGUAUAUGCUUGAAGGGUUUUGAUUAUUCAGCUUUAAUUUUGAACUGUGACUACUUAUUUUAACAUGUUGUUAACAUGCAUUUUGAAGUUGUAUCUGUUUUUGAAGUUGUAUCUGUUUUACGUAUUCUAAGAGGCUACCCUUUAAAAAAAUUUCAAAGCACCUACUUUCAUAAAUAUUUUGGCCUUCUGAAAGGUAUAUAUUUGCACUGGUAUUGAACUUAGGCCUGUGACAGAUUUAAAGACGUUACUGUCUUAAAAUAAAGCAAACUGUUUUGUUUCACCUGAA